CAGGAGGAGCCAAACGGCCCAAAGUUCAGCCGAGACGCGCAGUUAGUUCGACGGCUCCGGGGCUGGACGUCCAGGUCCUCCGGUACCGGGACCCCCUCGCUGGUCCCGAUCCAAACUGGACUUUUUUUUAUGGAAAUCUCCGAACACGGAUUACUUUGAGGUCUGAGUUUUCCGGAGAUCCGGGUCCGAGGAAAGUCCGGAUCGGAUCCAACCGAGUUGCUCUGCUGGAGGCGGGGCUUUCAGGACAGGUGGGCGGCGGUCUCACCUGAGGCGGGUCCAUGUGUCCAAUGGGAGCUCAGCAUGUGCUCUGAGGAGGUUUAACUGACGCUGGUUCUGACCCGAGGAGGAGGAGGAGGAAGAGGAGGAGCAGGAGGAGGAACAGGUGGAGGAAGAGGAGGAGGCGGCAAUGGGGAAGGAGCAGGAGCUUCUGCAGGCGGUGAAGAGUGGAGACCUGACAUCCACUCAUAAACUACUGUCCAAACUACGACAGAACCGGAACAAGCUGCUGGGUUCCACCAAACGGCUAAACGUCAACUACCAGGACUCAGAUGGGUUUUCGGCGCUGCACCACGCCGCUCUGACCGGAACCACGGAGCUGCUGUCGGCGCUGCUGGAGGCCCAGGCCAGCGUGGACAUCAAGGACAGCAACGGGAUGCGUCCUCUCCACUACGCCGCCUGGCAGGGUAAAGCCGACUCUGUCCUGAUGCUGCUUCGAGCCGCAGCGUCAGUCAACGGCGUUUCUCUGGACGGACACAUCCCUCUGCAUCUGGCUGCUCAGUACGGACACUAUGAAGUGUCUGAGAUGCUGCUGCAGCAUCAGUCCAACCCAUGUUUGGUGAAUAAGGUGAAGAAGACUCCACUGGACCUGGCCUGUGAGUUUGGACGAGUUAAGGUGGCCCAGCUGUUGCUCAGCAGUAACAUGGUGGUGGCGUUACUGGAAGGAGAGAGGAAGGAGCAGACAGACUCCGCCUUCACCACACCGCUGCACCUCGCCGCCCGCAACGGACACAAAGACAUCAUCCGGUUACUGCUGAACGCUGGCAUCGACAUCAACAAAACCACCAAGUCUGGAACGGCGCUGCACGAAGCCUCACUGUACGGGAAGACGGAGGUGGUGCGCCUCCUGCUGGACGCUGGCGUGGACGUGAACAUCCGAAACACCUACAACCAGACGGCGCUGGACAUCGUCAACCAGUUCACCACGUCGCACGCCAGCAGGGACAUCAAACAGCUGCUGCGAGAUGCGACGGGGGUGCUGCAGGUCCGAGCUCUGAAGGAUUAUUGGAACAUCCAUGACCCGACGGCGCUCAACAUCCGAGCGGGUGACAUCAUUAUGGUGAUGGAGCAGCACAUGGACGGCCGUUGGAAGGGACACAUCCACGACAGCCAACGGGGGACGGACAGAGUGGGCUUCUUCCCCCCGUCCAUUGUGGAGGUCAUCAGCAGACGAAACGGGGGCACCCUGUCCCGCCACGCCUCCCUGCCCACCCAGCGCCAGCAGCUGCUGUCCAGAGCCCCCCUGUCCUCCAGCCUCAGCUCCGCCCCCCAGACCGACGACUCCUACACCCUGUAUGCCCCGCCCACCCACGUGGUGCUGCCGCUGGCCAACGGCCUCGCCGCUAACGCAGGUGUGUCCCCAAGCCGGUCCCGGUCCGGGUGUCCCUUUGAGGACAUCUGGGUCCUCAGGGACUCGUGUCAUGCAGGAGAUCGGAACAGCGUGGGCAGCACCGGCAGCGUGGGGAGCACCCGGAGCGCCGGCAGCGGCCAGAGCACGGAGAGCAACAGCGCCCCCAACGGACUGCAGCACAGCGCCGGUCACCAUGACAACGGCAGCAAGACGACGCCCUCUGCUGGAGACUCUGGACACAACGACCUCAGCUCACAGCCUGAUCAUCCACCAGGUGGGACUCCACGGCGGCAGACGGUGACGGUUCAGAGAGCAGCAGAACAGAGUUUCUCUCAGCAGUUUGUUCGACCUCAGCAGCUGCUGGAGGGGAAGGACGCCGAGGCCAUCUACCAGUGGCUCAGUGAGUUCCAGUUGGACCAGUACACUGCCAACUUCCUUGGUGCCGGUUAUGAUGUCCCAACCAUCAGCAGGAUGACUCCAGAGGACCUGACCGCCAUUGGAGUCACCAAACCAGGACACCGGAAGAAGAUCUCCAUCGAGAUCAACAACCUGAACAUCCCUGAGUGGCUGCCGGAGUACAUUCCAUUGGAUCUGGGCGAGUGGCUCAGUGCCAUCGGACUCCCUCAGUAUCACAAGAAACUGUCUGAAAACGGCUACGACUCCAUCAACAUCGUCAAAGAUCUGACAUGGGAGGACCUGCAGGAGAUCGGCAUCACCAAACUGGGUCACCAGAAGAAGCUGAUGCUAGCGGUGAAGAAGCUGUGCGACAUCCAGAGGGCCAUCCUUCAGGCUGAAUCCGGUCAGGGCACCCUGCGCCGUAAAGGCCCCGGAGCCCUGCACCUGGUCACCAUCGAGCCGUCCGAUUCUGGAGGCGAGUGUUCGUCUCCUCACACCCCGAAGAUGAUGACAUUUCAGGACAGCGAACUGAGCGCCGAGCUGCAGACAGCCAUGUCCAGCCACUACGGAGGCUGCGAUGAAGGUCUGGCCAUUAAACACGCCGUGGGGAUGUCCCAGAGCCAGGACAGCAUCGACACCCGGUCCAGAGGCUCCGGACGGUCCCAGGAGCCCCCCACAGCUUCCAUCGGCCCCCAGAGCUGGUCCCAGGAAAGUCUGGAAGGCAGUCCUGCCAAGGAGAGGAACCUCCCUGAGGGUUGGGACCAGAGACCCAAACAGGUCCCACUAGGGACUGCCACCGUCUUCAAGUACCCAACAAUACCUGCAAAACCCAAACUCUCUGGAUCCCCUCAUGGAUCUCCAGUUUUCAAAGACCUCAGCUCCUCCUCCAGACCUGAUGACUACGCCAAACCUCGGACCCAGAGCCUGAUCCGCUACGCCCUUUCAGACGGAGAAGCUGAUGAGGACGAGGAGGAGCUGGCGGUUCCUUCUGGAAACCUGCCGUCCUACGCCACCUUGACCCGCAAACCAGGCCGCAGUCAGUUGGGUCGGCUUCAGUCGAGUCCAGAGAAGAAUGUAGGACGGAGUCAGUCCUUUGCAGUUCGUGCCAGGAAGAAGGGUCCUCCUCCUCCUCCACCCAAGAGGCUGAGCUCCGUAAGCAGCACCACCAGUGGGGAGCUGAGCGACAGCAGCACCACGUCGUCCUCUGGUGGAGGCGUGGUCACCGACAGUCCCGGGAGCGUGAGGAGCAUCGCAGCUUCUCUGGAGGGCAGCACAGAACUGAAGAAUCCACUAGGACCUAAACUAGACCAGAUGACCCAGGUCCAGGAUCAGGAGGCUUCAGGGGUGAGGAGGAGGGUUCAGAGUGAGUGUGUUAAUGUGGAGACCAGUAGAAACCCAGAGCUGGACCAAGGAGUCAAGUCAGACUCUGAGGAAGAAGAACCUAAAGGUCCUGGGCUCGAAGCCUCCUCGUCCCCCCAGAACAGCUCCAGUGAGUGCAUCCCCUUCGGCGAAGGGGGUAACCUGACCAUCAAACAGAGACCUAAAGCCCCAGGGCCUCCCCGGGCUGAGGCAGUCCUGGAACCUCCAUUGCCAGCCAAGAACGAGGAGGCCCCCGAGUUCAACCUUAAAGAGUCAGACACGGUAAAGCGGCGACACAAACCCAAAGACAAGGAAUCAGGUGGUGGAUCCCCCUGCAGGGAGGGAGCAUCUAGGUCCGAGUCCAGCAGCAGCAGACCUCAGAGCCAGGACGAUGUCAGGUUGAGGAUUGGUGAAGCUGGUUUGGAGAGGCCUGCCAGCCCGGCUACAGGAUCGCCCAUCAAACCGCCACUCUCCCCAAAACCUGCAGUCGCCCCCAAACCGGUCCGCCACAGUCUACUGGCAGCACAAGCAGCUGGACUGUCCUCUCCAGGUGUGACGGUCAGCGUGGUCCAAAGUGUAGCCUUCACUGCCCCGUCGUCGCCGGCCCGUCAACAUGCGGCCCCUCAGAGUCCGUCCCUGUCGACUACCCGGCAUCACGCGUCUUCAACUGGACCGAUCCACGUCUCGGAGUCCUCCUGUGGGACCGAGGUGGUUCAGCAGAGACUGGAUCAGACCAGCACGUGUCUGGAAGCAGCUCUGAAGGCAGUUGAGAGGAAACUGAACCAGGACGACAACUCUGACGGCAGAGUCAGCACAGUGAAGUCGGCCGGGACCAUCCUGGACGACAUCGGAAACAUGUUUGACGACCUGGCCGACCAGCUGGACGCCAUGUUGGACUGAUGCUUCAUCUGCAGAAGCAUCGCCUUCAGCCUCAGGAAGUGAAACUCAGAGAACGAGUGGGGAAGCAACAGCGGAAAAGUGUUUUUACCUUCAACUCUGAACUAAACAACGGAGACAAAGUCACUUUUCAACAGCGCUUCGUCGAUGCUUCCCCAUCAAACGUUCCUUCAUUUGUAGCCGAACCCACAGAUGCUCAGUGUUUCUGCACAAACCUUUUAAUAUCCUUGCGUCGUCUCGUGCCAUAAAAAAGAACCAAAAACGAGGUGGAAGACGGAGCAGCAGAUGUUAUGAGAACUGUCCAAUACUUCUGUUGAAAUAUGAAGUUUUUAUUCAGUUUGACCAAAUCCAGUCCACGUCCCGACAUUUCAUUGAGGUUUCUGUCCUCGUUUGUGUCCAUAUUCUGAGGUGAGUAUCUGCUGUAGCCAUGGAUAUCGGAGUCCGAAAACUUUUGAAGCAUUUUCAACUAGUUAUGAUCCAAAUAUUUAUAAUGAAAAGGAUUCUAUGUAAGGAGUGUUGCUUGUAACAAACCGUCCUGAUGUUGUAGAGUUGAGCUUCUCCUUUCUGCAUUUUGACCCAGUUCUUCCGUGUCGGUCUGAGGCCUUUCACCUUAAAAACAGAAAACAUGCGGUCCAGGUUCUGUCACCGUGUUCACCCACAAAAACACAUUUAACAGAGAAACAAAACAAAUUCAAAAGAGGUAAACUGGCCCAGUUGAACCGAGAAGAACCACCGAGAAGAACCGAGACCUGGACCAAUGAGAACCUACAGACACAUUAUAUUUAUGUGGACGUUCAGUUGGAGCUGCUUCUUCUUCUCCGUUUCUAAUAAGUCGUCUUUGGAUGUUUGGUCAAAACUGCAGACUGUCUUUGAAGAUGAAUUCAUUCACAUUAAACAAAAAUAUGCGCUCAUCUAAAACUGCAUCAUCUUAAAAUAUAUUUAAUUUAAUAGAAAAUUAACUUUAGAAAUCUGAAAUAAAAUGUUUAUAAACAUCCAUUUCCUUCCUUUUGGCAUCAGAAACAUAAAAAAUAUCUAUGACACGAGGGUAGAGGUGGAAGGAAAUCUGUGUUUCUAAACUUUUUUGAACAAACGCCCCCUUCACCUCAUCAUGAGCCUCCUGCCAACCCCUCCCCACAAAAAAAAAUAUUGUGUUGGGAGGGGCAGGGUGCAACAGACGUUACCACUGAAGACCGGGGGGGGG